AUGGUCUUCUACAUGAUAACCAAAGGGUUUCAAAAUGCUGGCGAUUGGAGCCACACUUGGCUUCAGAAUGCCAUCUCGGCUACUCGGAUGAGCACAUGGCCGGAGAUGCGACAAGUUCUGAAAUCGGUGAUGUGGGUUGACUUUGUUCACGAUGAAAUAGGCCAACAGGCAUUCAAAACUGCUAUGAGUACUGGGAAGACGGCACACGCCACUUCGAUAAUGACGAGCGACACUUAG